CCUCGACGCCUACCGCCUGCGGGUUUUUAAUUUGAUAUUUACAUUUUGCGCUUUCAGGCACGCACCGCGUGCAGGGCUUUCGUCUGCCCCGACCGCGACCACUCGCUCUGAGCGACGGAUGGCCACCUCCUUCAAGGCCGCGAAGGCCACUACUGGUUGUGGUAGCCAUACGCACACUCCUCAGUCUGUUCCCAUGGCAGCGGGAGCUAUGCGUCGGGCCCUGCCCCUGGUUCGCCAGCUUGCGGGCCGCACGCCGGUCGUUGCCGCGUCGCCCCUUGCGGCCCCCUCUCGCGGCGCCCACCCCGCCCCCAGCGUGCUGACCGCUGCGGCAGGCACCAGCGCCUCCGCCACCACGCUGGCGCCAUCCGCCGCCUCCUCCGUGCCCGGACCCGCCAAGAAGAUGACGGGCGCGGAGAUCCGCGAGGCGUUCCUGUCCUUCUACGAGUCCAAGGGCCACACGCGGCUGCCCUCCUCCAGUCUGGUGCCGGAGGACCCAACCGUGCUGCUCACCAUCGCCGGAAUGCUCCAGUUCAAGCCCGUGUUCCUAGGCCAGGCCCCUCGCAAGGUGGCCACCGCCACCACCACCCAGAAGUGCGUGCGCACCAACGACAUCGGCAACGUGGGCGUCACGGCGCGCCACCACACCUUCUUCGAGAUGCUGGGCAACUUCUCCUUCGGCGACUACUUCAAGGAGCAGGCCAUCAAGUGGGCCUGGGAGCUGAGCACGGGCGUGUUCGGCCUGCCUGCGGAGCGCGUGUGGGUGUCGGUGUAUGAGGAGGACGCCGAGGCGGAGGCCAUUUGGCGCGACGUGGUGGGCGUGGCGCCGGAGCGCAUCAAGCGCAUGGGUGCUGCCGACAACUUCUGGAGCAGCGGCCCCACCGGCCCCUGCGGCCCCUGCUCCGAGCUCUACUACGACUUCCACCCAGAGCGCGGCACGCAGGACGCCUCCCUGGAGGACGACAGCCGCUUCAUCGAGUUCUACAACCUGGUGUUCAUGCAGCUCAACAGCUCAACUGGUGGGGGCGGUGGGGUGUUCAUGCAGCUCAACAGGAAGCCCGACGGCAGUCUGGAGCCCCUGGCCGCCAAGAACAUCGACACGGGCAUGGGGCUGGAGCGCAUGGCGCAGAUCCUGCAGGGCGUGUCCAACAACUACGAGACCGACUUGAUCUUCCCUAUUGUGGCCAAGGCCGCGGCCAUUGCCGGCGUGGACUACGCCUCCGCUCAGCCCGCAGUGAAGACCGCGCUCAAGGUGAUCGGCGACCACACGCGCGCGGUUACCUACAUGCUGUCCGACGGCGUGACGCCCUCCAACACCGGCCGCGGCUACGUGCUGCGCCGCCUGCUGCGCCGCGUGGUCAUGAAGGGCCGCCUGCUGGGCAUUCGCGAGGUGUUCACGCCGGCCGUGGCGGAGGUGGCGGUGGCGCUGUCCGCCGCAUGCGACCCGGCCGUGCAGCGCAACGCGCAGCGCAUCUACGACGAGCUGGCCCGCGAGGAGAGCCUGUUCGCGACCACGCUGGAGCGCGGCCAGAAGCAGCUGGACGAGUAUCUGGACCGGGCGGCGGCGGGCGGCAAGGCCAUCGCCGGCCCAGACGCCUUCAUGCUGUACGACACCUUUGGCUUCCCGCUGGAGCUGACGCAGGAGCUGGCGGAGGCUCGCGGUGUGGACGUGGACGUGAGCGGCUUCGAGGCGGAGAUGGAGGCGCAGCGGCAGCGCAGCAAAGACUCGCGCGAGACGCUGGACCUGACGGCACAGGCCGGGCUGGCGGCGCUGGCGGCGGCCGUGGGCCCCACCGCCUUCACCGGCUACAGCGCCACCCGCGGCGCCGGCCGAGUGCGGGGCCUCAUGCGCGGCGGCGCGCCCGUGGAGGUCGUGGAGGCGGGCGACCGCUGUGAGGUGCUGCUGGACUCCACGCCCUUCUACGCCGAGAGCGGCGGACAGGUGGGCGACAUGGGCGUGCUGACCGCCCACGGCUCGGGCGAGGCGGCGGCGGAGCUGUCCGUGUCCGACUGCCAGAAGGCGGCGGGCGGGUCAGUGUUUGUACACACCUGCGAGGUCAAGGCGGGGCAGCUGCGCGUGGGCGACCAGGUGACGGCGCUGGUGGAUGAGGACUUGCGCCGCCGGGUGCGCGCCCACCACACCGCCACACACCUGCUGCAGUCGGCGCUCAAGGCGGUGCUGGGGCCGGACACCUGCCAGCAGGGCUCGCUUUGCAACUUCCAGCGCCUGCGCUUUGACUUCAACCUGGCUCGCGGCAUGACGGCGGCCGAGGUGGCGGAGGUGGAGCGCCUGGUCAACGGCUGGGUGGCGGCGGCGGCGCCGCUGGAGACACGCGUCAUGGACCUGGCUGCCGCCAAGGCGGCGGGCGCCACGGCCAUGUUUGGGGAGAAGUACGACGACACGGUGCGUGUGGUGGACGUGCCGGGCAUCAGCAUGGAACUGUGCGGCGGCACGCACGUGGCAAACACGGCGGAGAUCGGCGCCUUCAAGAUUCUGUCGGAGAGCGGCAUCGCAAGCGGCAUCCGCCGAGUGGAGGCUGUGGCGGGCCCCGCCGCCGUCGAGUACCUCAACCAGGUGGACGGUCUGGUCCGCGGCCUCAGCGGCCAGCUCAAGCUCAAGCCGGAGGAGGUGCCGGCGCGCGUCAGCGCCAUGCAGGCGGAGCUGCGUGAAGCUGCCAAGCAGCUGGCGGACCUGAAGGCGCAGCUGGCGGUGGCGCAGUCGCAGGCCCUGGUGUCCCAGGCCGUGACGGCGCCCCAGGGCGGCAAGGUGCUGGUGGCGGAGCUGGCGGGCGGCGUGGAGGCCAAGGCGCUGCAGGAGGCAGCAGUGAAGCUGCAGGAGGCCCUGGGUGACCCGGCGGCGGUGGUGCUGGCGUCGCGCGUCGACGACAAGGUCAACUUCGUUGCGGCCUUCAGUGCCGGCGCCGUCAAGGCCGGCGUGCAGGCGGGCAAGCUGGUGGGCGCCGUAGCCAAGGUGUGCGGCGGCGGCGGCGGUGGCAAGCCGGCGCUGGCGCAGGCGGGCGGCAAGGACGCCAGCAAGACGAGCGAGGCGCUGGCGCUGGCGAGCAAGAUGCUGAACGAGGGGUUGUGAGGAGGCGCUGGUGUUGGUGGUGUUGCUGGGGGCGACGCUGGUGGCGCUGCCUAUGCGAUAUUCGAGUAGGGGAAAAGGGAGGUGGCGAGGUGUGAAGAGGUUUGAAGAGGUGUGACAUGGUGGAUGUUAAGAGGGUUUGGGGAGGAGGUGAGCUCGUGGAGGUGCGGGCAGGGAAGCAGCGAGGUCAGGACGGGGUGGGCCUCUGGGGUGGUGCAGGCGCUGGGAUGAGCGGAGGACUGCUGGCUCCGAGGGUGCAUGCGCGCGCAUUGUCGCUGCGACGGCCAGGGAAACAUGUAGGUCUCGAUGCACGGGGACUGUGGAGUGUGGAUGCCCCAGGGACUAAGUGAAGAAAGAGGCUGCCUCCGCACUCCGGCGGCGCAGCAGGUACCGGUGAUGCAUGCGUGCGAUGGGACACGGUAACGGGCAGGGGUUUGGCGUAGUCGAGUGAUGUGGCGCAGCGUAUUCGCCGGCGGCAGCAGGCCAUGCAAUGCGUUAUGCGUAUGACCCUGGUGUCAGGGUGUCAUUAGUAAUCAUCAGUAAAGCCUCGUACGGGCGUGCUGUGAAUGCUCAGAAGGCUGAGUACCUUGUAAUGCUCGACUAAAGCCACAGACAAUAAUGCAGUGCAUGGGGAGUUGUUCACUUGUUCCAAGUCAAUAUCAACAGCAGGCGAGCAGGUGGCCUCAGGGCGUCACGAGCAGCCGCUGGAGCACAGAAGCUGUGAGCAAGGUCGCGUGCGCCACCCGUCUGUGGAUGCCGUACGUACGUAGCAUAGCU